CUUCCGUGCGGCCCCACCCACCACCAUCAGCCCGAAGCACCCGCGCGGCCUCCCCUGUCCCCCUCGCGUCGCCCUUUCCAAGGACCAGCUGCCAAGACCGACGACCGGGCCGGCGGCCGGCGGGCGGACAACAACAACAACAGGCGGAACCACCCACCCUGGCCAGCAGCCGCCAGCACGGACGAGACAAGCGGGCGGCGGAGAGGAGAGAAGAGGCACGCGCCACCACCGGCCGCUCCUGUCGUGCGCGCGGCCUCCUGUUUUCCCGGAGAUUUGAGCCGGAGGCGCGCGUCGCGGGGGCUGUCUAGCUAGCUGCGUUCGCGCGAGCGGCCCGCCCGUCUAUCUCCUUGUUCGCCUUGGCGUGGCGGCCGGCGGGAGGGGACGGGAGGGAAGGGGAUGGGCGCGUCGGACAACACCAAGGGGCUGGCGCUGGCCGUGGCCUCCAGCGCCUUCAUCGGCGCCAGCUUCAUCCUCAAGAAGAUCGGCCUCAUGCGCGCCGGCAAGUGCGGCCUCCGCGCAGGCGGAGGAGGAUACACGUAUCUUCUGGAGCCUCUCUGGUGGGCCGGCUUGAUCACCAUGCUGCUUGGGGAGGUCGCCAACUUCAUUGCCUAUGUCUUCGCACCGGCCGUCCUUGUGACUCCUCUUGGAGCACUAAGCAUAAUCGUCAGUUCAGUGUUAGCGCACUUUGUGCUGAAGGAGCGGCUUAACAAGCUCGGCGUUCUUGGCUGUAUAUCAUGCAUAGUAGGCUCAGUUGUUGUCGUUCUACAUGCCCCUGAAGAGCACAUGCCCGAUUCCGUCGAAGAAAUCUGGGAUCUAGCUACCCAACCAGGAUUUCUAGCAUACGCGGGAACAACAUUGUUACUCAUGGCAAUAGUAGUAGUGUUCAUCGAACCGCGGUAUGGUCAGAAGAACAUCCUGAUAUAUCUGGGUAUCUGCUCUUCAAUGGGAUCAUUAACAGUUGUUAGCAUCAAAGCCGUUGGUGUUGCCAUAAAGCUUACGCUGGAUGGAAUGAACCAGCUUGCCUAUCCACACACAUGGCUUUUUAUUCUGGUCGCAGUUAUCUGUGGGGUUUCUCAGCUAAAUUACCUCAACAAGGCACUGGAUACCUUUGAUUUAGCUAUGGUGUCCCCAGUUUAUUAUGUUAUGUUUACAACCCUUACAAUAGUGGCGAGUUCAAUUAUGUUCAAGGACGGGGCUGGACAAAGCUUAAGUAGUAUUGCUUCUGAAUGCUGCGGCCUGGUAACGAUCCUUUCUGGAACAAUUUUGCUGCACGCAGCAAAGCAAAAAGAAGCUGCCAGUUCUCCAGCAUCCACUUGGCCUCUGGAUAGAGGGAUAUCUUGGUAUAUCAGCGUAGGCAGCGACAAUCUACUGAGGAACGUCGAAGACGACUACUUCGCCGCUCCACAAAGUUCGCCAACCACACCCUGAUCAUACACUUGGAGACAAGUCCAAAUACUUUGACCGGAGAAGAAAGUCCUUGGACACUUGUAAAGAGGAAACCGUGUGAGUUGCGGCGGAGCCUCAGCAGCGCCAGCAUUCUGGCGGUUUUGGUUGAGAAGAUGAAGAUUUCGUCAGCCAUUCUUUCGUCGUUCGCACGUACAUAGGAACCUGUCUAGGAUAGGCCCUGCUGUCCAAUUCCAGCUUGUAAGUUGUUUGUCGAUGAGCGGUGAGCGGGCUGAAGUUGUCGGCCUGCGUGUUGUUGUGCAUUGUGUAGAAUUUUUCUCCUUGUGAUUAGGCUUCAGGGUGGAACAUCAAUGCGCGAUUCGAUUUCGAUGCCGCCGUUCUUCUUCUGAGAGAGAAUUUCGGUUUCAUCGUUGAGCUUAAUUAGUUUUGAUUGAGCAGAUGUAUACAUUCAGUGGAGGCUGCAGCCUCCUGUUAAUGUCAAAUCUUUAAAUUGCUGAUGAUAUUGUUGCCA